AUGAGCAGCAGCUGUGCUGAUGGAAGAGGAAUUUGUCAAUGCAAGCCAGGGUACACUGGAGAAAAGUGUGACUCUUGUACCAGUGCUAACCAGUACCACUCUACAACUGACGGUUGCAAAGAAUUGUAUAAAGGACUUCUGUCGCCAACCAGUGCAUCCGGAUUGGUCCAAGGGAAUGUAGUGAAUCUCACAUAUCCCUUUGUCUUUGGCUCUAAGUUCACCUCAUAUAACCAAGUGACGGUGUCUCUUGAUGGACUAUUGUCCCUGAAUGGUUUUUCCGGAGGCUACAAUUUGAACUCGCGGGUGAGAGAGGAGCGUGCCAUUGUCGCCCCCUACUGGACAUCGCGCUCUGGAAACCAGGCCUGUUCCAAUGGAACCGUGAAAAUACAUCACUUCAACGAAAAUGUGGACAAGGCUGAGUUAGAUACUAUUAAAGAGUUCAUUAAAAAGUUUAAUCCCAGUGAGGAGUUUAAGCCACGUGAGGCCGUUUUUGUAACCUGGUUGGAAAUCCCUGAAAAUGACCAAAACAACAAGCGUAACACAUUCCAGGCUAUGAUUAUCAGUGAUGAGUGCCAGUCUUUUACUUCGUUCAACUAUCAUGAUAUAAGCUGGGCAGGUUAUCCGUAUCCGGUCCUGGCAGCCGGCAACAUCCUCAAUGCAAAACCAGUUAGUGGAAGACUAUACAACCUGACCAAUGGCUGUAGUGCUAAGCUACGUGCAAAGAAGCACUGCCUUGACAAUGUUAGACCUGCACCCUCUCUUGGCAACUCGAGUGUGGAUAUGACCGAAUGUCCGUCCAACAUAAAAAUUGCAAAUGUCGCUACAGCGUUCAUAAGACAGGAACAAAUUACCGUUCACGAUUGUUACCUCUCCGGUCCUACUACAUCAAGUGCAAGUCAGGAGAUAGCUUCAGAAUGCUGUUACUCUAAAAGUGAUGGACAACUGAUAGACACGGGUCUUUACCAACCAUUCCAAAGGAUUUCAGCAAACGACAGUGCAUUGCGUGACAUCUGCCAAACUGGUGGCAUGCUGUCUCAUUUCUUCAAGAACCGCAACUCUCCCAAAGCUGUGGACCAGCGUGUCUCCAUCAAACAAAGUAAGCAGAUGUGUCCUGGAGCAUUUUGA